AUGUUUCGGAAUAGUGGCUAUAUGAUGCUUCCACAGGGUAGAGAGAUUCCAAAUUCUGAGAAGGCAUCAGAAGUUUCCUCCUCACAGUCCAGCCCUGGAGAUUCCAGAAAACCUAGAUUUUAUAGUGGGUCUGGUUCUUUCAAGAAUAGCUUUGGGCAGAAUGGGUGGAAUUUGGAAGGAAGAGCACUGUCAGCGUUAAGCAGAUUUGGAGAGAAUGUCAGAACGGUUUUUGACCCACCGUGGUUGUGCAGGGUGUAGCAACAGAAUACUAUUGUGGAAUCUCUCGCUUCAAAGGCAGAGAAAUCAACAUUGUCAUCUAUUUUGUCCGUGAAGGGUGUUCAUGGAUCUUUAUUUCUCAAGGGGGAGAUCCUAUUUAUCGCAAGGCCACUAAUCUAUGUUUUGUUUAUUAGAAAGUAUGGAACUCGGUCCUGGACUCCUUGGUUUCUUACGCUGGCCAUGGAUGUGGUUGGCGUUGGCAUCUUUCCUCAAGUUACUUUGUCUGCGUGGGGUAGUAAAGACCACAAGUUUCAGGACACCACUUCAGAAAAAGAUGAGUUGAAAAGAAGAAAGCUACUCUGGGCACCCUACCUCAUGAGAGAUCCAUUUUUAAGCAAAUACACAAGGUACACUUAUAGCUCGACAAAGCAGAGUAAAUUGUCGGAGCCUGUUCCCCUUUUUGGGGCUCUUACAGCAAAAGUCAUAGAGCUGAUUGUGGGAGCCCAAACACGGUAUACGUACAUGUCGGGCUCAUAA